UUUUUUUUUUUUUCUUCUUUUUCUUUAUUUUUUUAUUUUUGGUAUAAAUUUGUAUUAAAUCUCUUUCCUGAUGACAACAGAAACUCAUUUACAUGAAGAACCAUAUGAAGAUGAUGCUUUUGCUGCAAGUUUAUCACUUGAAGAAGAACUUUUAGGAAAAGGUUAUGCCAUGGCUGCUCCUUUGGGUUCAUCACUUGCUGCUGAACUUCAUUCUGCUACCAAUCCUCCUUUGGAACCAUUAUCUCCUACACCAAGUAAUAGUAAACUUGCUAGUUUAGCUAUGGAUCGUAGUCUUUCAAGUCCACUUCGACGUGCAAAUGAUUCUACUUCUCAGAUGGACUUAUUCAACAGCAACAACAACAACAAUAAUAAUAAUAUAUUUUUAGGUUCAACUAGUACUAACCGUAUAACCAACAAUACUAUUCCAACGGAAAACGACGUACACAAUGACAAUACAGAAACUAACAUUGACCAAAGCAACAAUAGUACAAGUAGCAAUAGUAGUACAAGUAGUAAACACAAUGACAAUACAUUACAAAGUUCUGGUCAUAUCAAUAAUGGUGUAUCAAUGGAUAUUUAUACUCAAGAAAAUUUCUCUGAUCAAACAAGUCCUGUUAUGUCUCCUUUACAAUGGUCUACCUUUGGUCGUAGUCGACGUAGUUCUUUCUCUUCUACUUGGUCAUCUUUGGAACCUGAAGUGGAUGAUGAUCCUUUUGAAGUAUUGAAACGACAAUUAGAAGAAUUGAAUUCUGUAGUAUGGGAAACCAAAACUUUACAUAAACGACUUAGUCAUACCUUGGCAUCAGCAGAUGAACGAUCUAUAUUAUCAUCUUCUUAUUUACAACAACAACAACAACAACGAGAUGGUGGAAAAAAGACAUCAUUGAUGGAUGGAGGAAAACCGUUGGAAUUGAUCAUGACAUCUGUAGCUACUUUGGUGGAAAGCAAAUCACGCGAUCGGGAACGUCAAACUAAUUCUUUACGCAAUUUGGAAAGUGCUCUUCGUAAGGAAGCUAAUUGGAUGCCUUUGGAUGCUUUACGUGAAUUAGAACAUUUGGUAGGCCAGAUGAAAGUGACUCUCUAUGACAAGGCUUAUCUUUAUGAAAAUCCUUUACCACUUUUACGACAUUUGACAAUGGAAACCUCUGGUAUGACCGAUACAUUGGAAGAACUCAAAGAACUAAUGUAUGUGAACAAACGACAAGUGACUGAACUGAAUCAACGCUUACGAUCUAUUGCCAAAACUGUCCAUGAAGUACGAAAAGAUAUCCGACGAAUAAACAAGUAUUUGGAGGAAAAGGAUGAUGAUGAUGCGUUGGUACUCGAAAAAGGUGAAGUGCAAGAAAGAGUCAAGGAAAUCAUGUGGGGUCUGGACGAUUUGGAUGUCUCAUCAAGUAGAAAAAUCAAACAAAUGCAACUCUUUUGGGAAGAACAAAUUAUCGCCUCGGUUGCCUCUUGAAUUCACUCAUUUAUAUAGUAUAUCCGUC